CGGCGCUGCCCCACGGAGAACCCACACCCAGCCUGCACAGUGCGCCGCGCUCCGCAGUGGGACCCACGCAGGACACCGUGUUGUUUUUGCGGCUGUUUGUGGAGCAGAGAGCGCCCCCCCUCCCCCAUCCACCAGCGGUCCUUCUGAUCUGCUGCAUCAUCAUCAUCAUCAUCAUCAUCAUCAUCAUCAUCAUCAUCAUCAUACAUGUCGUGUCAGUGGAUCCGGGAUUGUUUACUGAGCAGCAUCUGACUGGAGGAAGCAUCUGAUUGCCACCAUGAGCAGCACAGUCUUUCAGCAGCAGGCCACCCACUCCGGUCUGCAGCAGCAGAAGGUGAAGCAGGAAGGAGGCGGACCCGUUCCUUGCCAGAACUGUGGGAAACCCUGCAAGGGAGAAGCUCUGCGCGUCCAGAACAAACACUUCCACCUGAAGUGUUUCGUCUGCAAACUCUGUGGCUGUGACUUGGCCCAGGGGGGCUUCUUUGUGCGGCAGGGCGAGUACAUCUGUACUCGGGACUACCAGGACCUGUACGGGACUCGCUGCUUCAGCUGCCAGGACUUCAUUGAGGGGGAGGUGGUGUCAGCGUUAGGAAAGACCUACCAUCCUCGCUGCUUCGUCUGCGCCUCAUGCAGACAGCCGUUCCCAGCUGGUGACAGGGUGACCUUCAAUGGGAAGGAGUGUAUCUGCCAGAAGUGCAGCCAGCCGCUGCCUGCUAACAGUCCGGCCCCCAUCCAGGCGGUCCACAACUGCUGCGGCUGCGGGAAGGAGUUCAGGAAUGAACAGUCUCUGGUUGCUCUGGACAAGCACUGGCAUCUGGGCUGCUUCAAGUGCAAAGUCUGCAACAAGGUGCUGAAUGCUGAGUACAUCAGCAAGGAUGGGAUCCCCUACUGCGAGAUGGAUUACCACGCCAUGUUUGGAAUCCAGUGUGAGAGCUGUAAGAAGUAUAUCACUGGGAAAGUACUGGAGGCUGGAGAGAAGCACUACCAUCCUUCCUGCGCGCGCUGCGCCCGCUGCGAGCAGAUGUUUGGAGAAGGAGAAGAAAUGUAUCUGCAGGGAUCGUCGAUCUGGCAUCCGCCGUGCAGACAGGCAGCCAAGCAGGAGGAGAAGACCAAGAAGCAGGUCCGGAUACAGCUCAUUGAUCAGCAGGUAACUCGGACCUCCUCUGAGAGCAUCACUUCAGUUCCUGCAUCCAGUGCUUCUGGCUCGCCCAGCAGAGUCAUCUAUGUAU